AUGGCGUACACCAUGACUCCCACGCCGGCGGGGCCCAUUGGCUCCCAGUACUGCGUCUGCAAAGUCGAGUUAUCUGUCUGCGGCCAAAACCUUCUGGACAGGGACGUCACUUCCAAAUCCGACCCCUUCUGCGUCCUCUUCAUGGAAGUCAACGGGAAGUGGGUGGAGCUCGACAGGACAGAGACAGCCGUGAACAACCUCAACCCAGCUUUCGCCAAGAAGUUCAUUGUCGACUACCACUUUGAAGAAGUGCAGAAGCUCAAGUUUGCCCUGUUUGACCAGGACAAGUCAAGCACGCAGCUGUAUGAGCAUGACUUCCUGGGUGAAUUCUCCUGCACGCUGGGCAUGAUCGUCUCCAGCAAGAAAAUAACAAGGACUCUCCUUUUGGGGAAUGGCAAGCCAGCUGGGAAAGGGAUGAUAACGAUAGCUGCCCAAGAGCUCUCGGAUAACAGGGUGAUUACUCUGAGCAUGGCCGGCAGAAAACUGGAUAAAAAGGACCUGUUUGGAAAGUCAGACCCCUUCUUGGAGUUUUAUAAACCAGGUGACGAUGGGAAAUGGAUGCUGGUCCACAGAACAGAGGUGAUCAAGUACACGCUGGACCCCGUCUGGAAGCCGUUCACUGUGCCUUUGGUGUCACUGUGUGACGGAGAUGUGGAGAAGCUGAUAAAGGUGAUGUGUUACGACUACGACAGUGAUGGGGGACACGACUUCAUUGGGGAGUUUCAGACCUCGGUGGCCAGGAUGUGUGAAGCCCAAGAUGCCUUUCCGCUCGAGCUAGAAUGCAUUAACCCCAAAAAGCAAAAGAAGAAAAAGAAUUACAAGAACUCUGGGAUCAUCAUUGUCAAGUCCUGCAAAAUAACCAGAGAUUUCUCCUUCCUGGACUACAUCCUGGGAGGCUGCCAGCUCAUGUUUACCGUCGGGAUUGACUUCACAGCCUCCAAUGGGAACCCGCGAGACCCCUCCUCUUUGCACUAUAUCAACCCCAUGGGGACAAACGAGUACUUGUCGGCUAUCUGGGCUGUCGGCCAGAUCAUCCAGGACUAUGACUCAGACAAGAUGUUUCCUGCCCUGGGAUUUGGCGCCCAGCUCCCGCCGGACUGGAAGGUAUCCCACGAGUUUGCCAUUAACUUCAAUCCCACAAACCCGUUCUGUUCAGGUGUGGAGGGCAUUGUCCAAGCAUACUCGGCCUGCCUGCCCCACAUCCGCUUCUACGGACCCACCAACUUCUCCCCCAUCAUCAACCACGUGGCCCGCUUUGCAGCUCAGGCCACCCAACAGGAAGCUGCAUCCCAAUACUUCAUCCUCCUCAUCAUCACGGACGGGGUGAUCAGCGACAUGGACGAGACGAGACACGCCGUGGUGCAGGCGUCCAAGCUGCCCAUGUCCAUCAUCAUUGUCGGGGUGGGCAACGCCGACUUCGCCGCCAUGGAGUUCUUGGACGGGGACAGCCGGGUGUUGCGCUCCUACACCGGCGAGGAGGCCGUGCGCGACAUCGUCCAGUUCGUGCCCUUCCGGGAUUUCCGCAACGCCCCCAAGGAGACCCUGGCCAAAGCUGUUCUGGCAGAGCUGCCCCAGCAAGUCGUGCAGUACUUCAAGCACCAAAACCUGCCGCCCAUCAACUCGGAGCCCGCGUAGAGCUGUGCCAGGCUGCACCCUCUGCAUGUUGCCGAAGCCCGUUGGUCCUACCGGAAGCGCAUGUUCCACAUGCUUUUAAGAGAAGAAUACCCUCCCCGAAACACUUUGUACUUCUUAAUUUAAUUGCUAAGUUCUUAAAACUCAUCCCAGAGAAGCGUCUGGAUUCAUUUUGUACAGUCCCAGCCCGAGGUAACACUAAGCGGCCGGGCCAUGCCCUGGUGCUGCUCUGUUGAGUCACUUUUCAGUAUUGAAUGUACUUUGUAUAAUUUCAGUGGAACA